CUUGCUUUCAUCAGCGGUUCGGCACCAGAGUUCCCAGAGCACGUCACUGCCACAAGGACUUGUUGCCAAAACAUCCCUGACUUCACCCCCCUGGCCUGAAGUGAAACUUCCAGAUCCCGUAGAAGAAGCGAAGUACCAUGCAGAAGUGGUACAAAAGGUGAACAAGAUGAUCGCAACGGGGCAGUACGGAAGGCUCUUUGCUGUGGUCCACUUUGCCAGCAAGCAGUGGAAAAUAACCAGUGAAGACUUGAUUAUGAUGGACAAUGUCCUGGAGGCUGAAUGCGGAGACCGAAUCCGGAUGGAAAAGGUUUUGCUGGUUGGUGCUGACGACUUCACGCUUAUUGGAAGGCCGCUCCUGGGGAAAGAUCUCGUCCGUGUGGAGGCUACUGUGAUUGAAAAGACAGAGUCAUGGCCAAAAAUCAACAUGCGCUUUCGGAAGAGGCACAACUAUCAAAAGAAGAAAAUCAUCGUGAACCCACAGACUGUCCUUCGGAUAAACACCAUAGAAAUUUUCCCCUGUUUGUCAUGAUUGAUCGGGUGUUGUGUGGCUUAGGUUUAUUAUUGCUUUAGGCAAUUAUGGAAAUAAAACUGCCUUGUCAUUGGAAAGUUCUGGACUUCUUGCUGUUGUUGGAAAUGGAAAUCUAUAUGUACUUUCUUUUUAAAAAAGCAAAAUGAAAUAUUUUUUUAAACUAUUACUUCAG